AUGACCGGACGCGGCAAAGGAGGCAAGGGUCUCGGAAAGGGUGGAGCCAAGCGCCAUCGCAAGAUUCUACGAGACAACAUCCAGGGUAUCACCAAGCCCGCUAUCCGUCGUCUUGCCCGCCGUGGCGGUGUCAAGCGUAUCUCCGCCAUGAUCUACGAAGAGACCCGUGGUGUCCUCAAAUCCUUCCUCGAAGGUGUCAUCCGCGAUGCUGUCACAUAUACUGAGCACGCCAAGAGAAAGACCGUCACAUCGCUGGAUGUUGUCUAUGCCCUCAAGAGACAAGGACGUACUCUCUACGGUUUCGGUGGUUAA